AUACGCAUUGAAAGUGAGCGUAAACUUUGUGUUUGUUUCCAAUCCUCGCGCACAUUUCGCUUAUCACAUAUAGGAAGGUAGGCAAGAUCAUCGUCCGUCGCAACUGGUUGACGGGCCCUGGUGCUGUUGUCGCCGACGUAGUCGUGCGCAAGCCAGAACAAGGAAACGAUGUCGAUCCGCAAUCUAACAACUGCAGCUAAAUUCCUGACCAAGAGGCUCAGACCUCAGGGAGCUGCUCUGGCUGGAGCGGGAUGUCGAUCGCUAUCCCACUACCCGAUCGAUGAAACGAUUUUUGGACUGACCGAGGAACAGCAACAGUUACGUCAGACGGUGUUCAAUUUUGCGCAGAAAGAAUUGGCCCCCUUCGCUCAGGAAAUAGAUAAGCAAAAUGAAUUCAAGGAUCUUCGUAAUUUUUGGAAAAAGAUGGGUGACCUGGGACUGCUGGGUCCAACCGUGAAGCCGGAAUACGGUGGUCUAGGUGGAACCUACUUGGACCAUUGUGUCAUCAACGAAGAGAUAUCGCGUGCUUCGGGAGCCAUUUCGUUGUCUUACGGAGCACACUCCAAUCUGUGUGUCAACCAGAUCCACCGAAACGGAACCGAGGAGCAGAAACUUCAAUACCUGCCCAAGUUGAUCUCCGGCGAACACAUCGGUGCUCUGGCAAUGUCCGAAGCCGGCUCCGGCAGCGAUGUCGUUUCUAUGAAGACAAAAGCCGAAAAGAAGGGAGAUUACUACGUGCUGAACGGCAGUAAGUUCUGGAUUACCAAUGGACCUGACGCCGAUACCUACAUUAUUUACGCGAAAACUGACCUCAGUGCCAAGCCACAGCACGGAAUUUCUGCGUUCAUUGUCGAAAGGGAUACACCUGGAUUUUCGCGAGGUCCCAAACUGGAUAAACUAGGAAUCCGAGGUAGCGGAACGUGCGAACUUGUCUUCGAAGACGUCAAAGUACCAGCGAAGAACAUGCUCGGCGGAUUGAACAAGGGAGUGUAUGUUCUGAUGUCUGGAUUGGACUAUGAGAGAUUGGUGCUGGCCGCCGCUCCGGUUGGACUGAUGCAAGCCGCUUGUGACGUAGCAUUUGAGUAUGCUCACAACCGCAGACAAUUCAAUACUCGCAUCGGUGAGUUCCAGCUGCUCCAGGGUAAGAUGGCCGAUAUGUAUACGACUAUGAACGCUUGUCGUGCCUAUCUGUACUCGGUGGCCAGAUCUUGUGAUAUGGGAAAGGCAAACCCCAAGGACUGCGCCGGUGUCAUUCUGUACUGCGCCGAAAAGGCAACCCAAAUUGCGCUGGAUGCGAUUCAGAUUUUGGGUGGAAACGGAUAUAUCAACGACUAUCCAACGGGACGCAUCAUGCGUGAUGCCAAGCUGUAUGAAAUUGGCGCCGGAACAUCGGAAAUCCGUCGAAUGAUCAUCGGACGUGCGCUGAAUAACGAAUACAAGUAGACAAUAUGGAUUGUUCAAGGGAUAUGGAAAUUAUCAGGUUAACAAAUUCUACGUGAAACGUAGUUCGUAACGAAUGUGCAUUUAUACAACGCAGUGCCUUUAUAUUUUUUGUAUUGUAGUAAUAAAAGUGUUCUACAUGUUUUGACCAAUAAAAAGAUAGAUAUUAUUUUAGCAGAAGUA